CGUUUACUCCCAUGGACCCAUGGGCCAUUCAAACCGCUUCUCUCGAAAGUUUCAACCUGGCUCUAUCUUCGGUAUACCAUGACAAGGGGAACUUACAACCGUAACCAUAGCUAGCUAGACCAUCAUUAUCGUCACCAUGGAACGACCCUUUUGUGCUUUUUGCUACGCUUCAUCAGACAAGCUGCUCAAGUGUGGCCAGUGCCUGCAGAGAUUGUACUGCUCCGCAGAGUGUCAGCGCAAUGAUUGGAAAACCAAACCAGGAGGUGGUUGCCACAAACUCUACUGUGGCAUUGCGGGAGAAAUCAAUGUGGACUACGAAAUCAAAGACACUGGAAAAGAUGGAGUUGGAGUGGGGGUCUUUGCGCUUCGAGAGUUUGACAAAAAUGACAUGAUCCUUACAGAACGGCCCAUUCUCAAGGUUGUCGAGCGCCAACUCGUCUCUCACAAUAUCAAUGAGAUUCCCAAAACGGCAGCUCCCCUCUUUGAAUCUCUCCUGCCUGUAGAUGGUAGAUUCCAGCAAAAGUGGGAUAAGAACGCCAUGGAUUGCACCGGUGAGGAGGAUGCCAAGAAAGAGUCGGGGCUCUUCCUCGUACUCUCACGCAUCAAUCAUGAUUGUCUUGGCAAUGCUGAUCAUCAGUACUUGGCACAUCGAGGAAUCAAGAUUCUUGUUGCGGCCAAACAUAUCCCAAAGGGACAUGAAAUCACCAUUUCCUACUUGGGAUCCUUCAAACCCAAACACGAACGCAACAUUCGAUUGCUCAGUUAUCCCUUCCAUUUCAUAUGCCGUUGUGAUGUCUGCACCAAUGACGAACUCGACCAAAAGUUGGCGCGGACCAAGGACUUGGAUCGAGCGAUUCUCACGCUCGGUGCUAAAGGAAAGAUUGAAGUGGCCAUGCGCAAGGGACGAGCACUACUAUCCCUCUACGAGCAACUACAACAAUCGACGUGGCUCUACCAACGGACCUAUUAUGACUUAUUCCAAGUCGCCAUUACCAAGAAAAAGUACUACAAGGAUGCCAUGCACUUUAUGGAAAAGGCCCAUGAAGCCGCCUUGGCGUACACGCAAGAUCCACAGCACCCACAAGUUCUCAGGUUGCAGGAACUAUUGAUCUCGCCCGAGACGCAUCGCAACUAUCGCAUCAUCGGAUAGACAUUGGACCGCGCUUGCGUGGUUGCAAUAAUGCGAGAACGGUACUGUAUCACCAAUGUAUUUCGUUGACCCAUACAUCUGCCGUUGUAAAGAAAGAGAACCUAGCAUGGCUUACAUUAACUACAUAUAGCUACAUCCUCCG